AUGUUUUCUGAAACGCACAAGAACUUGAUGAAAGGAGAGAAAUGGUUAAAAGACACUGCUAACUCAUGCACAAUUGCAGCAGCUCUGAUUGUUGUUAUAGUAUUUGCAGCUGCCAUUACGGUACCAGGUGGAAACAAUGGAAAUAGCGGACAUUCGAUUCUCACUAAAGAUAUAGCGUUCAAAUUUUUUAUUAUAUCAGAUGCAAUAGCUCUUUUUUCAUCUGUUUCAUCUUUAUUAAUGUUCUUGUCUAUUCUCACUUCGCGUUACGCAGAAAAUGAUUUUCUCCACACCUUGCCUAGAAGAUUGAUUACUGGUCUCAUAACCAUAUUUAUCUCCAUUGUAUCUAUGAUGGUAGCCUUUGGAGCCACACUCUACCUUAUUUUUGGUCAGAACAAAGCAUGGUUUAUUGUUACUGUAAGUGUAAUUUCUGCUGUACCCGUGAUCUUAUUUGCAUCCUGGUAA